AUGAUGUUGCACAACAACCGCAUGGAAAACUUGAGGAAAAGUAGAGAAAUAGCUUUAGACUUAAUAGAAGACACCAAAGAUCUUUUUGAAGGUAUUUUCGUUGAUAAAAGUCCGUCUGCAAGUGCAGUUAGAAAAAGAGGGAAAGUUACUCCCGAUAGCGCAAUAGACGUAGAUAUAGGCCCUAGCACUAGUACUGACAGGAAACAUACAGAGUAUGUAAAGUAUGGUAAAAUUACCUUUGACACAACUGCAAUAUUACAUCACUACCCGCAGAAUCGUAAAUCUAGUGCAACUAGCAACCACUGCGCGGAUGCAGGCAAAAACGUACCAAACAAAUCAGACCUUAAUCUACCUCUGAAGGUAAACAGCAUCGAAAACAACAACGAUGAUAAAUCAGAAAACAAAGAAACGCCGGUAGUGGGAGAGAAAAAAACUGAAGUCGUUACGAAUAAUAACGGCACAAACACAGUUGCCAAAGUAGAUUGUUUGGUGAAAUCAGAUAAAGGGACAAUACUUGUAAACCCAGUUAAAUUUACAGAAGAAAAACUAGUAUGAGAUUUGGAGACCUCAUUUUUUUCGGUCCAUUUUAGAUUAAGCCGCCUCUGGUACCAUUCCCUGAGCCGUUAUACCCGCAGACGUAAAAUAAAAACAAAAGACAUAUCCAUAUACGAAAUGCUGUAAAUAUUGUAAAGAAAUUCGUCAAAAAGACUGGUGUCGUAGAAAAAACUAAAUAGAAAUAAAAAGAGCUAUUGUAAAAUAAUAAUUCUUAUGAUAAAAUCCCGUUGUUGUGUCUAGAUUACUAAAAUAUAGAAUUUUUAAAAUAGAUAAAUAUUUUAAAAUAUUCCAAUCCGUCUUAAAAAAAUGCGAAAUUUUAUUAACUACUAGUGAAGGAGCUUAGCUGCUAAUCAAUAUGGUAAGUCACUUAUCUACUUCCUUAUCAACAUGCUCAAUGUAUCUAUCUGUAUAAUAUAUACUGCCUACCAAUAGAAAUAUUCAAUAAAAUCACAUGACAUCAUCAUAAUACAUUCACGAUGUCGUUAGGUGCUGAAGUACAAAAUUACUGAUGACAUUGUUAGCAAUGCAAACAUAAUGCGUUAGAUGCAGACCAGGUAUUUGUAUAUUUUAUUAACCAAUUCAAUAAAACAAAUUCAAAGGUUACUGAACUGAUUAAAACGAAAUUAUUUAUACUUAAUUAACUUUUUCGCUACACAUUGAUAAGAAACAGAAGUCCGUUCCAUUGCCAAUCAAUCAAUCACUGUUAAAUCUUUUCACGUUAACAUACAUUUUACAA